GUGCGCUCCCCGCGCACUUGCACUUCCCGGGCGGGAACAGCAAAAUGGCGCCAGGCGCGGUGGCGGGCUGAGCGCGGAGCCCGCCGUCGGAGUCCCGAUCCGCGCGCCGUGGGCCGCCCGACCUCGCCCGGACAUGGAGGACGUGGAGGCACGCUUCGCUCACCUCCUGCAGCCCAUCCGCGACCUCACCAAGAACUGGGAGGUGGACGUGGCGGCCCAGCUGGGCGAGUACCUAGAGGAGCUGGACCAGAUCUGCAUUUCUUUUGAUGAAGGCAAAACUACAAUGAACUUUGUCGAGGCAGCGCUGCUGAUCCAAGGCUCGGCCUGCGUCUACAGCAAGAAGGUGGAGUACCUGUACUCGCUGGUCUACCAGGCUCUCGACUUCAUCUCUGGCAAGAGGCGAGCCAGGCAGCCGUCUUCAGGACAGGACGAUGAGGCCAGUGGGGAUGCCAACUCCAGGCAACCACAGGAGGCAGAGGAUAAGUUCCUGUCGCUGGAUGACUUACCUGACUCCCGGGUUAACGUGGAUCUGAAGAACAACCAGGCACCCACUGAAGUCCUCAUCGUCCCUCUCCUGCCCAUGGCCCUGGUAGCCCCCGAUGAGAUAGAGAAGGCUCACCACCCACUGUACAGUCGUCAGGGUGAGAUUCUGGCCAGCCGAAAGGACUUCAGGAUGAACACGUGCACCCCCCACCUGAGGGGGGCCUUCAUGUUGGAGCCAGUGGGUGUGUCCUCCAUGGAGCCUGGGGGCAGCCACAAGGAGGCCAGCAUGGCUGAAGAACAGCUGAUGGAAGUCCCGGAGUGCAGGAGUCCCGUGCCAGUGCUCAGCCUCGCCCAGGGGCCAGGCUCUCCAGAAGGCCCAGAGCCCGGCGGUGGGGGUGAUGACGACGACGCGGAGGAGGCCCUGCAGCCCCCCAAGGCUGCCACCCCCGAGACUGCUGCCACUGAGGCUGUUCGGGAACCUAGGAGCCCAGAGAGUCCUACGCUGCCCAGGAGGUACUCGCUGCGUGAGCGAGAGCAGGCCCCGGAGCCCCUGUCCCAGCCAGAGGAGAAUCCGGACCCCUGGCAGAGCCUGGACCCCUUCGACUCCUUGGAUUCCCAGCCCUUCAAGAAAGGUAGGCCCUACUCCGUGCCCCCCUGUGUGGAGGAAGCUCCAGGACAAAAGCGCAAGCGGAAGUGCACUACCAAGCUGCAGGACUUCCACCAGUGGUAUCUGGCCUACUAUGCUGACCACAACACCAGUGGGAGGCCCCGGAGGAAGGGCCCCAGCUUUGCAGACAUGGAGGUCCUGUACUGGCAACAUGUUAGGGAGCAGCUGGAGACCCUGCGGAAACUUAAGAGGAGAGAGAUGGCCAGGCAGUGGCUGCCAGAGGCUGAGGAAGAGGAGGUGUGGCCUGCAGAGGAGGAGCGCCUGGAGGGCUCCCUGGAGGACCUGGGGGCAGCAGCAGACGACCUAGAGGCCGAGGGGUGUGUGCAGCCGGAGGACACACGGCCUGGAGAAGCGUCUGGCUUGGAGGCACAGGCCUUGCCCACAUCCCUGAGCUACGAGGAGCUGGUUCGCCAGAAUGUGGAGCUCUUCAUUGCCAGCUCCCAGAAGUUUGUGCAGGAGACCGAGCUGAGCCAACGCGUCAGGGCCUGGGAGGACACUGUGCAGCCACUGCUGCAGGAGCAGGAGCAGCACGUACCCUUUGACAUUCACACCUACGGAGACCAGGUGGUGUCGCAGUUCCCCCAGCUCAACCAGUGGUGUCGCUUUGCUGAACUGGUGGCUGGCCAGCCUGCGUUCGAGGUCUGCCGUGCCAUGCUGGCCUCCCUGCAGCUGGCCAACGACUACACAGUGGAGAUCACCCAGCAGCCGGGGCUGGAGGCCGCCGUGGACACCAUGUCCCUGAAGCUGCUCACGUACCAGAGGGCACACAAGCGCUUCCAGACCUACGCCGCCCCCUCCACGGCCCAGCCCUGA